AUAUGCAUAUGACAAUUAUAUAAAAAUAACAGUAUCUAUGUGGCAGAUUUUGUAGUUUUAGUAGUACACAAAAAGUGCUUUGUGGUUUUUGGAAUCCUAUACUUAAAAAGGUUUCAGUUUUUUUAUUUGUUUAACAGAAGCUAAUUCCGUGUACAUUAAUCAUACAAAAUGGAUAGAAGAAAAUUUCAAAUCCAAAGUAAAGUGGACGAAAUAACAGAAGAAAAGAAUUUGUUGCAAUGUUAUUUGGAUAAAAUUAUCAAUCAAAUUCAUUCAUGCGUUGAUCUUGUCAGUGACUCAAAAAAAUUAAAACACAAAGAUUGCACCCUAAUUUUUAAAUAUGAAUUGGAGGUGUUGAAGAAGAUUACUGAAAUGAUUUUUGAAUUAGAGUGCCUCAUCGAUCAAAGUCCUUUGGAUCAACUAAAAACGGCAACAUUCGAAGAUUACUCGAGUGUUGCAAUUAAAUCGGUAGAGUUAAAAACAGAAGACACAAUGAAUAUAGAAAUGCUUGAACCAAUAACAUCGCCUCACCAAUCAGAACUCAGUAAUAUAGCUUGUUCAUCCGCCCAACCUGAAGAAGUAAAUUCAAGAAUCAGUAAUACUAAUACUGAAACGCAGAAUAUUUUUUCUGAUGAUGAUAUCCAUGUUCUAAGGGGCACUCUGAAAAAAUUCAGUGAGAAAUUAGGAUUGAAUCCUGACUAUAUUUCUUCUUUGACAGGUGUGUACCAAAAGUCCUCGUUUAAUUCUGUAGAGUAUUAUAAUAAACCGUCCACUAGUCAAAUAAUCGAGUGUAGAAUACAUGGUACAAAUUUAGAUUUAGAAGAGGAAGUGGUUAUCGACAAUGGGUUUGAAAUCCCAGAAAAAGAUACAAACAAAACAUCUGAAAAUGAAUCACAUGAAAAUUAUUAUGAUGUUUUACAAAAUGUUCAGUCUUCCACCUCCUCAGAAAGGGAGAUGGUAAAUGCUGCUUCACUUCAAAGUGCCCAUGACUUAACUUUAAUUAAAAGUGUUCAAGAGGAUGAUUCUAAUGAAGCUGAACCUGAGAAAUUGUACGCUGUCGAUGAUGAUUCUUCAGAUAUAAGCUGUUUGAACAUGACUGAAAGUUGUUCGAGCGAAGAAUGUACAACAGAUCAAGUGAAUCACUGCCUUAUUCCCUUAGUUGACGAAAAUAGUAUAAUUGUAGGUAGUAUUGUUGACGAGGGGCAUCUUAAGACUGAUAGUAGCGUAGAGUCAGCAAAUAAAGUCACAUAUAGUGCUAUAGAGAAAUUGAACAAUAUCAAAUUUUUGGAUAGACAUGCCGAAGCUGUGGCUAAAAUGCAAGCGAUUGACCAACCUGACAUAUCGUUAAAACCUACUGAGCACCGUAUUAAAAACAAUCUGGAAGCAAAUGACAAAAAGUCUAAAAAAAAGAAGAAUAAGAAAAACAAGUGCAAAGAAAACGAAUUUUAUGAAUUGGUAUCAAAAUCCACGCCUCGGGUAGGUAUGAACUGUGCUUUCAGUCACAUUGAGACUCCCAAUGAAUUUUAUUUACAUAUUGUUGAUGAUGAAUCUAUGAUUAUUGAUGGUUUGACAGAAAAAUUGAAUGUAAUGCUUGGUGGCACGUUAUCCGAUUACAGCUCAAAAGAAGAUGCCUUUAAUGCAGUAGGAACAUUCUGUUUUUGUUACGUGUCAUCUUACAGCUCAUGGUACAGGGCUAAAAUCGUUGAUUGGGAGUUGGAAAGCAAAUCUGAGGACGUAGUCGUACAGUUUGUGGACUAUGGGGAUAAAAGAAGAAUGUCGUAUAAAAACUUAAGAAGGAUCACUAAAGAGAUGGCUGAAAUUCCUAUGCUGGCAGUCCGCUGCCAUUUGUCUUUGAUGUAUCCACCAAAUUCCACAUUCACAAACAGGCUGUCCGAAUGGCCUUCAGCCACAAUUGAUGCUUUGAUGGACCUGAGCCGGUUGUUGGUACAUGGAGAAGGCGAAAGGGACAAAAUUUUCCGGAUUGUCUACGCAAAUCAGGAAGGAAAUUCGGUGUCUAUUGACUUGCACAACCUUCAGGACAGUGAAGAGGAGACUGUCGGUCAGAUUCUCUUGGAUUUGGGCCUAGCGGUGCAAAUUAUAGAAGAGCAUGACGAAGAACAUGCAGAGUUGGACAUGUUUCUGCAAGACGUGGAUUCCCUGGAGAGGGCGGACAAUAUCAACGAGGCUGUGAUGGGGUACGAUCCAAGGGACGAGGUCAGAAUAUGUCGCUUCACCAAGAGCGACGGUACUUGCUUUAAAGGAAAGAACUGCAAACUUGAACAUGUCCCUUUGUCGAAAGAUGGCUUCACAACCGACAAAGUGCCCGUCUAUAGGGAGGCUAUGUACAGUUUGACGUUACCAGUAAAGAGAGACUAUGUAAAUAUUUUGAUAACUGCCUACAAAGAUGUUUGCAGUUUCUUCGCCCAGAUAAUAUGGAAACCCCGAAAACCGAAAAGUAACUCUCAUUACAUAAUAGACGAAGACCUGUACUCGUUACUUGCAGACAUGAACCUGCCGAAAACUGUUCGAUCGUUCGAGCCCUUUAAAAUUGCCCCGGCCAUCGGAGAAAUCGUGAUAGUGAAGCACUGGAGUAAGAAGUAUUUGAGGGCGGUGGUUAGGGAAGAAAUUAUGGAGAACGACGGACGAUUGAACUAUCAGAUAUUCACGUUGGAUUUCGGGGAGUAUAUGAGCGUCCCUUUGGACUCCCUUCGAAAAAUCAAGCCGCAUUUCUUGGAGCUGCCGUUUCAGGCCGUGCAAUGUUACUUAAACAACUUGGUCGCAAGAAAAGAUUGUGACCAGAAGAAAGCAAGUAAUUACUUCCUAAAAAAUUUGUACAAUCGUAAUUUCGCAGCCUGCACAUUGUCUUCUUCUCUGCCUUUAAAAGUAGCCGUUACCACAUUUGACGGGAGGGAUAUCGGCAAGAUGCUGGUGAAAGAGGGUUUCGCCAGUUAUACAGAGCGUGACAUAAAUCCCGCGGAUGAUUACUGUUUGGAUCUGUUUUGACCUUUGUGGCGCAGUUUAGAUCCACAAGGUUGUGUUUGUCUUUAUCCGUAUGUGCGUAUUAUUUUUAAUUUUGAACUUAUUUUUGUGUACGAUUGAUACGUUUUUUACGAUAUUAUUAAGAUUAAUUAAUACUAUUGACAGCAAUGGUAGAUUUUGAAUUAAAGACGAAUCCAUGUUUUUGUGAUCUCUUCCUAGCUAAAAGCAAAUAAUUUGCAAAAAAGUCAACAAAACCAUUUCUGUAGCAUUUUAUGCCUACUGAACAGAUUUGGUACAUAAUGU